CUAUGAACUCCCUAUGGAAACGUGUUGCCCCUCUUGAAAAGUGUUUGGACUCUGGCAGGAGUACAAAUGACGUAACGGAAGAUGCUCUUCGUACUAAUGGUUUGCAGAACCUUGUUCCUCAUAGCUACCAACUGGAGGGAAUCAAAUGGCUUCUAGAAUGUCACUCAAAUGGACAUGGUUGUAUUCUAGGAGAUGACAUGGGUCUUGGAAAAACGUUACAGGCAAUUGCAUUUCUUCUUCAUCUUCAUGUGGAACGGAAGGAGAGAAAGGUGAAUGGACCUUUCUUGGUGUUGUCACCGUUAUCUGUUGCCAGUUAUUGGGAAGAGCAAUUUAGAAGACUGACUCCUACACUAAGAGUGUUAUCAUAUAGAGGUUCAAAGGAUGAACGAGAACUGUUAAGGGUUCAACUGCUCCAACAGGUAUCUGAUUGGAGGUCUGUUAAUACAAGACUGUAUGACGUCUUUGUGUCAACACCUGAGAUGAUCCUGAAGGACAAACACUUUUUGAAACAAAUUCCAUGGCAUUGCCUUGUUGUUGAUGAAGGUCACAGAGCCAAGAAUUCUGAUUCACUGUUUUCACAGACAAUUACCAAUGAGUACAACAUACAUAUGGCUGUUCUUCUCACAGGCACACCUGUACAAAACAACUUGAAUGAGCUGUAUUCACUUCUGUAUUUUGUGGCUCCUGAUGUGUUUGAGCUCCGUUGGCUAGAAGAGUUUGUUGAAAAAUUUGCAGGAGUAGAGGAUGAUGCUACUAAGCAGAGACAUCUUUAUGCUCUUCUGAAUCCUUUCUUACUGAGAAGAUGCAAGGCAGAUGUGUUGAAAGAGUUACCAGAGAAAUCUGAAGUGGUAUUGUAUUGUGGUCUCACGGAUUUGCAAAGGAAAUUAUACAAAGCCAUAUUGACUAAAGAUGUGGGUGCAUUUGGAGACAACGCAGUGAAGACUAGACUGUUGAACAUUAUGAUGCAGUUGAGAAAAUGUUGUAACCAUCCCUACAUAUUUAAUGGUGUUGAACCGGAGCCAUUUGAACAAGGAGACCAUCUUGUGACAGCAAGUGGUAAAUUGGCUUUACUUGACCAACUACUGUCUCAUCUGAAACAAGGCGGUCAUCGAGUUCUGAUAUUUUCACAAAUGACAAGAAUGCUUGAUAUUCUACAGGACUAUUUAGAAUACAGAGGCUAUUGCUAUGAGAGGCUAGAUGGCUCUGUGCGUAGUGAAGAACGAUAUCUUGCUAUAAAGAACUUUAGUGAAAUGGAUCAUGAAUUUGUGUUUUUGUUGAGCACAAGAGCAGGUGGUGUUGGUCUCAACUUGACUGCUGCAGAUACUGUUAUUUAUGCUGACCUUGACUUCAAUCCGCAGAGUGAUCUUCAGGCAGCAGCUCGUGUGUACAGAAUUGGGCAAAGCAAACCAGUGAAGAUCAUACGGCUAGUGACAAGAAGUACAGUUGAAGAGAUUAUUAUGAAGAGAGCUGAUGCUAAACUCAAACUGUCAAACACCGUUAUUGACGGAGGCCAUUUUACUCACGAUCCCUCACAUUCUGGAGUGUUUUUGGACUCACCGGUUCAGCUGUGCAACAUGCUAAAGUUUGGUCUUGAUAAGUUGCUGACUUCCAGUUACCCUAGUGAAUUGGAUGAUCAAGAAUGGAAGAAGAUUUUGGGAAAGAGUGAAAAUGGACGCUGGCUUGGAAGUGAAGAUGAUAUUCAAAGUGUACAAUCACAUGACAUGGAGGAUGUAGCAGUUGGGGUAGAUUCAGGUGACAACAUUUAUAUGUAUGAAGGACGUGAUUAUGCCACUGUAUCUGAUGCUGAUCAGAAAGCACUGCAGACAUUGCUAAUUGAUCAAGAUGCACAGGCUUUACUUGAUCAACGAGUAUUACGUAAUGAGAUUAAGGUUCCCAUUGUUGCAGUUGCAACUGGCAGUAAUAGUAGUAGGAAAAGGAAACAGUUGAGUGAAGAAGAACUGGCAGCCAGGAGGCAAAGGCGUAAAGAAGCUGCUGAGAAACGUGCAAAAGUAGCAGAAGAAGAAGAACACAAACGACAAGAACAGAGACGUCUUAAAUUAAUGAAAUUCUGGCAGCAGGAAGGAUAUGAAUCAUGUAAUGUAGCUGUACAAAGCGAUGAUAGUGAAGAUGAAUCAGACAUUCUCAUAAAUUUGGAGAAUGAAGAUGAUGAGAAGACUGCAAAGAAUAUUCAAUUUGUAGUUGGUGAUGUAACUCAUCCAGCAAUGACAGGAAAUAAUGAUGCCAUCAUUGUGCAUUGUGUUGAUGACAGUGGACAGUGGGGACGUGGAGGCCUGUUUACUGCUAUAUCUAACCGAUCAAUGAAACCUCAGGCACAAUACGAAUUGGCUGCAAAGAUGAAGGAUCUAUCCAUAGGUGACUGCCACAUUAUUCCUGUGGAUGACAUUGUUAGCAGAGUUCAUGGAUCUGACAUGGUUGCACUCUUUGUGGCUCAACGUCGGAGCAGGCACAACCAGAUAUCUGCUAUUAAAUUACCUGCAUUGGAAGACUGUUUAAGACGACUUGCUCGAGUAGCCAAGGAAAGGAAAGCCAGUGUUCAUCUACCUCGUAUUGGCCAUUCUACUCCCAACUUCAACUGGUAUGGAACAGAGAGGCUUAUCAGAAAACAUCUGGUUUCUUGUGGCAUCCAAACAUUCAUAUAUUAUUUUUCAAGGCAUGGUACAAGGAAACCCCUUGCUUCUUCUGCUGCAAGUUCAUGCCGACAACACCAGACGAAUUCAUCAGAAAGUGAAGAAGACAGAGCGUUACAGUUAGUGUGUGACAGAGAGUUGCAGAAAACCAGUUUGCCUGCUGGAUGUUUAAAUGGAAUUAAUGUCUUCUUGUAUGGCUUGGAGACAGAGAAAAGACAAAGACUAGAAAAAGAUGUCUUAUUACAAGGAGGCGAGGUGAGUUCUACUAUUGGGCCUAACGUUUCUCACGUUGUUUGUGCUGGAGAUGGUCAGUGGCCUCAGGAGAUUGAAACUAUGGAUUUGACAGCUGUGCCUGUAUCUUACUUGUGGUUAGAGGAAUGUAUCAAAAAACAAUCUGUAGUCAGUGUGGCUGACUAUAUAGUCAUGUUUUGAGUCAAUGACAACUGGCAUCUGUCAGAAUGUCGAUGUGCAAUGACUUGAACACAUCCUCUACAAUGCUGAUUGAAUUCAGAGACAUAUUGUUGCUAGUGGUAAUGUCAAUUGUCUUGCUUUUAAAACUAUAUCUUGUUUGCUGUGUAUUUUAUUAUAGCAAAUUCAUAA